AUGGUGAAAAGGGUUGUUCAGGUUGUUGAACAUCCUGUCUCACUGGACAUGCUUGGGCGCAUAUUUAAUGGUUCUGGAAAACCAAUUGAUAAUGGUCCGCCAAUUUUGCCUGAGGCAUACUGGAUAUAUCGGGAGCUCCAUCAACCCCAGCGAGAGAACCUAUCCGAGGAGAUGAUACAGACAGGAAUAUCCAUUGAUGUCAUGAAUUCUAUUGCUAGAGCAAAGAUUCCUCUUUUCUCAGCUGCUGGUCUUCCCCAUAAUGAGAUCGCUGCUCAGAUAUGUCGUCAGGCUGGGUUAGUCAAGAGAUUGGAAAAAUCUGAUAAUCUUCUUGAGGGUAUAGGUGGGGAAGAGGACAAUUUUGCCAUUGUGUUUGCAGCUAUGGGAGUUAACAUGGAGGACUGCACAGUUUUUAAGCGAGACUUUGAGGAGAAUGGCUCAAUGGAGAGAGUGGAUGACCUUUUUCUUAUCUG